GGCUGAGACAACAACAGCACCAACAGCCAUGGACUAAUUAACUUACACACCCUGAAUGCAUCUCGUAUCGACUCACCUUACCAACCUACACUCCCUCAUCUACCUCCAACCAUGUCCUCUCCCUUCCACCCGCGCCCGUUCACCGACUACAUCAUCUUCUCUCCUCUAGCCGCCUUCAUCUACCCCGUGCACCACCUCCUCAAUCGACUCCGCGGACCACCACGACUACCACCCCCGAAUGCUCAUCCGAUCCGCGUCGUCUGCAUCUCUGACACCCACACACUCGAAUGGGCCGACAUCCCCGAUGGCGACCUCCUCAUCCACGCGGGGGACCUGAGCAACGACGGCUCCGCGCGCGAGAUCCAACAAGCCGUGAACUGGCUGCGCCGUCUGCCGCAUGCCCAUAAAGUCGUCAUCUGUGGCAACCACGACAGUUACUUCGACGUGCGCUCGCGCCGCCCAGAAGACCGCGACGACGCCGCCGCCGCCGCCGCCGCCGCCUCGUCCUACGCGACCAUCUCCUCCUCGACCGCCUCGCUCCGCUCCCUCCCCUCCGACGACCUCGACCGCAUCGACUGGGGCGACAUCCACUACCUCCAACACUCCUCAAUCACCCUCACCUUCCCCGCAACCUCUCCCUCCCCUUCCGUACCAUCAUCAUCCUCGUCCCAAACCACCCCGCUCCUCCACUACCACUACCACCACCCAAACAACAACCGCCCACGCACGCUAACCCUCUACGGCGCCCCGCAAAUCCCGGCGAUCGCGCCCCUGGGCCCCGAACACGCCUUCACCUACCCGCCGCAGCACGACGCCUGGGCCGGCACCGUACCCGCGUCCACCGACAUCCUGAUCACGCACACCCCGCCAGCGGCGCACCUGGACCUGUCCCCGAUCUUCUCGACGGGGUGCCCAGCGCUGCUGGCCGAGGCGUGGCGCGUUCGCCCCGCCCUGCACGUCUUCGGCCACAUCCACGCCGCCUACGGCCUGGAGCGCUGCUACUACGACGAGGCCCAGCACGCGUGGGAGCGCCUCUGCGCCGCCCGCCGCCCGCGCGCCCGGCGGUCGCGCUUGCGGGCCCUCGUCACCGGCGGGAUCCGGGAUCUGUUGGAUGUGGCGGGGUGGGUGGACGCCGCGCGCGUCGUCAUCUACGGCGUGCUCGGGAUCGUCUGGGCCAAGGUCUGGGGCGGCGAGAACGCCGGCUGCGGGUGGAUGGUCAAUGCGGCUGCGAUGUAUCGCGAUGAGGGGGUGCUGAGGAAUAAGCCGCAGGUGGUGGUUCUGUGAGUUUGGGUUCUUGUGGGUGGUGGUUGGGUUGGCGGAGUAUUUGCGCGUGGUACUUCGUGGAGAUUCUAGGUGAGAUGGAAGAUGGACCAACUGGAGGCGGGAGGCGGGGAGGUUAAGUUCGGAAUGUAUAUAAUCUUGUUUGCAUGUGGCAGGCAGGCCAGGCGGGAGCGGAUAGGUGUACAGGAGCAGUAAGUGGCCAUGGUGAUCAUGGUCAUGGACAUGGACAGGAUGGGUGCUAGCGUAUCUGCUCCACGCCAGUCAUAUUUUUUCAACAAAAGCGCUGCAUCGGG